AUCAACGAAUGUGUUCGUGGGCUACACCAAUGCAGCUCUGAUGCGUUUUGCAACAAUACUCAAGGUUCGUACAAUUGUACAUGCAAACAUGGAUUUACCGGAAGUGGACGAGAAUGUAAAGGUAGGCGUUGGAUUCAUUAGCAAUAAUGUGAUGAAAAAAUAAAGCUUAUAUUUGCAAAUUAUCCACAAAGGGAUGAUAACUUACAUGUUGAUCCCCUCAACAGGAGAAUAUAUGUUAAAAUUAGACGCGCGCAGAGACAUAUAUAGCCGAAAUUACAUUGAAAAAGAUUAUUCUUGAUCACCAAAGUAUUUUUGCACCAAAUGGAAUCAAUCUACUGAUCACUGUUUCUUAGUUUCACUCAUCCUUUGUUGGACAGACUGUCGUAUGGCUACAGAAACCUAUAUGAUGUUCUCAACAACAAAUAUUAAUGCUGUUCAAAUCAAAUACGAAUAUCAAGUAAUGCUGCUGACCUUUUAAAACUUUCUAUAUGUUUUCGUCAAUUCUUCGUUGGCUUUAUAUUUAUAGACAUCGAUGAGUGUGUCGCAGGGUCACACUCUUGCAGCCCUGAUGCCUAUUGCAACAAUACCAAGGGGUCUUACAACUGUACAUGUAAACCUGGAUUCACUGGGAGUGGAACAGAAUGCGAGGGUAAGCGUUACUUUUGA